UGUGGCAGUCGAAUGACAAGCAAAGGGGAGGAGAAAAUGGUUUUAAAAGGCUCAACUGAAUUGAGGACUUGAAACUGUUGGGAUGGCUGGACUCAAGGCGCUAUGGGUGGCGGUGCUACUGCUGGUGGUGCAUGAGGCGUCCUCACAGCUAAAUGUGUGUGGUCGGGCUCCACUCAACACCAAGAUCGUUGGAGGAGUGGAUGCUGCUCCGGGCACCUGGCCCUGGCAGGCCAGUUUGCAGACGUCUGGUCACUUCUGUGGGGGGUCUCUGAUCAACAAUCUGUGGGUGCUGACUGCUGCCCACUGCUUCGACACAAAUGACACGACAGGUCUCACGGUCAUCCUGGGCCGUCAGGACCAGGCGGGCAGCAACCCCAACGAGGUGUCCCUGAACAUCACCAGGAUCCUCUGUCACCCCGACUACAACGUCAGUAUCGUCAACGACAACGACAUCUGCCUGCUGGAGCUCUCCUCGGCAGUCACCUUCACAGACUACAUCGCGCCCGUCUGCCUGGCCGCGGACGGAAGCACUUUCAACAGCGGCAUCAUCAACUGGGUCACUGGCUGGGGCACCACCUCGUUUGGAGGUUCAGCCGCGGACAUCCUCCAGGAAGUGGACCUGCCCAUAGUGGGCAACAGGGAGUGUAACUGUAGCUAUGGCAUAAUCACCAACAACAUGAUCUGCGCUGGAUUGUCGGCUGGAGGGAAGGACUUGUGUCAGGGUGACUCUGGUGGUCCUCUUGUAGGCAAACAGGGUGUGCAGUGGGUCCAGUCGGGAGUGGUGAGCUUUGGUCAAGGAUGUGCCUUGCCCAACUUCCCUGGAGUAUACGCCAGAGUAUCCGAAUAUCAGGAUUGGAUCAACGGUAUCAUCACCACCAACCAGCCCGGCUUCGUUGACUUCCAAUCAGCGGGAAUCAACAGCGACGCCACCUUCAACUGUGGCGACCCUCCAUCCGGCCCAGUCACCGCCUCACCGACCGCCCCCGCACUGUGUGGUCGGGCUCCUCUCAACACCAAGAUCGUUGGAGGAGUGGAUGCUGCUCCGGGCACCUGGCCCUGGCAGGCCAGUUUGCAGACGUCUGGUCACUUCUGUGGGGGGUCUCUGAUCAACAAUUUGUGGGUGCUGACUGCUGCCCACUGCUUCACCACAACUGACACAACAGGUUUCACGGUCUUCCUGGGCCGUCAGGACCAGGCGGGCAGCAACCCCAACGAGCAGUCCCGGACCAUCUCCAGGAUUGUCUGUCACCCCGAUUACAGUGGGUCCACCAACGACAACGACAUCUGCCUGCUGGAGCUCUCCUCGGCUGUCGACUUCACAGACUACAUCGCGCCCGUCUGCCUGGCCGCGGACGGAAGCACUUUCAACAGCGGCAUCAUCAACUGGGUCACUGGCUGGGGCACCACCUCGUCUGGAGGUUCAGCCGCGGACAUCCUCCAGGAAGUGGACCUGCCCAUAGUGGGCAACAGGGAGUGUAACUGUAGCUAUGUGGGCGAUAUCACCAACAACAUGAUCUGCGCUGGAUUGUCGGCCGGAGGGAAGGACUCGUGUCAGGGUGACUCUGGGGGUCCUCUUGUAGGCAAACAGGGUGUGCAGUGGGUCCAGUCGGGAGUGGUGAGCUUUGGUCUAGGAUGUGCCUUGCCCAACUUCCCUGGAGUAUACGCCAGAGUGUCAAAAUAUCAGGCCUGGAUCAACGGUAUCAUCACCACCAACCAGCCCGGCUUUGUUGACUUCCGCUCCGCGGGAACCGACAGCGACGCCACCUUCAACUGUGGCGACCCUCCGUCCGGCCCAGUCACCGCCUCACCGACCGCCCCCGCACUGUGUGGUCGGGCUCCUCUCAACACCAAGAUCGUUGGAGGAGUGGAUGCAGCUCCGGGCACCUGGCCCUGGCAGGCGAGUGUGCAGAGCUUUGGCCACUUCUGUGGGGGGUCCCUGAUCAACAAUCUGUGGGUGCUGACCGCUGCCCACUGCUUCGACACAACUGACACGACAGGUUUCACGGUCUUACUGGGCCGUCAGGACCAGGUGGGCAGCAACCCCAACGAGCUGACCCGGACCAUCUCCAGGAUCGUCUGUCACCCCGAUUACAGUGGGUCCACCAACGACAACGACAUCUGCCUGCUGGAGCUCUCCUCGGCUGUCAACUUCACAGACUACAUCGCGCCCGUCUGCCUGGCCGCGGACGGAAGCACUUUCAACAGCGGCAUCAUCAACUGGGUCACUGGCUGGGGCACCACCUCGUUUGGAGGUUCAGCCGCGGACAUCCUCCAGGAAGUGGACCUGCCCAUAGUGGGCAACAGGGAGUGUGACUGCAGCUAUGGCGGAAUCACCAACAACAUGAUCUGCGCUGGAUUGUCGGCUGGAGGGAAGGACUCGUGUCAGGGUGACUCUGGUGGUCCUCUUGUAGGCAAACAGGGUCAGCAGUGGGUCCAGUCGGGAGUGGUGAGCUUUGGUCAAGGAUGUGCCUUGCCCAACUUCCCUGGAGUAUACGCCAGAGUAUCCGAAUAUCAGGAUUGGAUCAACGGUAUCAUCACCACCAACCAGCCUGGCUUCGUUGACUUCCGAUCCGCGGGAAUAAACAGCGAUGCCACCUUCAACUGUGGCGACCCUCCGUCCGGCCCAGUCACCGCCUCACCGACCGCCCCCGCACCGUUGACGUGCGGCAGCGCCCCCAUGAACACCCGCGACAGCAGGGGGCUGGUGCAGUCCGCCGGCGUGUGGCCCUGGAUCGCUAGCCUGCAGGUCAACGGCACGCACAUGUGCGGCGGCACCCUGGUGACUGCGGAUGCCGUCCUGAGCGACGCCUCGUGCUACACCAUGUACCCCAAUGCCUCCUCCUGGACAGUUGAGUUGGGCCGCCGGAAUCUGAACGGCCCCAACUCUUUCAACAUGACCCUGGGGGUGAAAUCCAUCACCCUCAGCAAUCUCACCGGAGACAACAUCGCCGUGCUCAUGCUGUCCAGUGCACCGAGGCUCUCGGACUACAUCCAGCCCAUUUGUCUGGACCAGGGGAUGGGCAGCUUCCUGAACAACACUGACUGUUGGAUGGCAGGCUGGGGCAUGGGCCAGGGAGGCGCCCAAGAAACCCUGCAGGAGUUCAACACCACGGUGGUGGGUUGUAGCAACACGUCAUCCAGUGACUACAUCUGCACCGAAGCGCUGACUGUGAGACAGGGUGACGCCGGAGGCCCCCUGAUGUGCAAGAGCGGCAACUCUUGGACCCAAGUGGCCGGGCUUCCCAACGUCAUGGGCAACAGCAGCAUGGUGCGCUCAGAGAGAGCCGCCGACCAGUCCAUGUUCACCUCCACAGCGCAAUUUGCUAGCUUCCUGAGGGAAACUCUGGGGAGCCUGCCGUCCCCCGCCAACGCCACCACAACCACCGCCCCCACCACCACCACCGCCCCCACCACCGCCCCCACCACCAAUCACGCGUCAGACGCCCGCUUCCCCGUGUCCUACUUCCUCCUCCUCUCCUCCCUCUCCGUCUUCUCCUCGCUUGUCUAGACGCAGCGUGGCCUGGAAGGGCUCGACUCCGGUUUAUUUUCAUGUUGAUUGUAUCUCAGGGAGGGAAGUAUGUGAUCAUGUAAAGAAACGAUCACACCGUUUUAUAUGUUUUUCCUUUUGGGGUUUUUAUGGACUGUU